UCUUCUCUCAUUACAGUUUUUGUGUUCACACUGCUCUCGGGGCUGGAUCCCUGACAACUGAUGUGAUAUUCAGAAAAAAAGCUUUUGUUUUUUACAAAUACAAGUUAAAGCGUUAAAGAAGGCAUUUUCGUUGCUCAAUUUGGAUAAACGUACGAAAUAAACAUGACUGCCAUCAAGCAUGCCCUUCAGAGGGAUAUUUUCACCCCCAAUGAUGAGCGUCUGCUGAGCAUCGUCAAUGUCUGCAAGGCAGGGAAAAAGAAGAAGAACUGUUUCUUGUGUGCCACAGUAACUACAGAGCGCCCAGUGCAGGUGAAGGUGGUGAAAGUGAAAAAAACAGAUAAAGGAGAUUUCUAUAAGAGACAGAUGGCAUGGGAACUACGGGACCUGACAGAGGUUGAUGCCAAAGAUGCCAAUAAGGAGAACCCAGAGUUUGACCUCCAUUUUGAGAAGGUUUAUCGGUGGGUGGCGAGCAGCACUGCAGAGAAGAAUUCUUUUAUCUCGUGUAUCUGGAAGCUGAACCAGCGCUACCUUCGGAAGAAAGUGGAGUUUGUAAACGUCAGUCCACAGCUGCUGGAAGAGCUUCCUAAAGCUGAAGAGUCGGUCCCGAGUGGAGAGAGUCAGAGUGUUGCAGGGGGAGAUGAGGAUGCUCUGGAUGAUUACCAGGAGCUGAACGCCCGUGAGGAGCAGGACAUUGAGAGCAUGAUGGCGGUCUGCGAGUACGCCAUUUCCAAUGCAGAGGCCUUUGCUGAGAAACUGUCCCGUGAGCUACAGGUCCUAGAUGGGGCUAACAUCCAGUCCAUCAUGGCCUCCGAGAAGCAGGUGAACAUCCUGAUGCAGCUGCUGGAUCAAGCUCUGGCAGAGGUAGACAACAUCGAGGGGAAGUUGCUCAGUUAUGAGGAGAUGCUACAGAGCGUGAAGGAGCAGAUGGACCAGAUUUCCCAGAGCAACCAUCUCAUCCAGAUCAGCAACACCAACAAUGGCAAACUACUGGAUGAGAUCCAGUUCCUCGUGAACUACAUGGAUCUAUCAAAAGGGCACAUCAAAGCUUUGCAGGAAGGAGAUUUGUCUUCUCCUAAGGGUAUCGAGGCCUGCAUCAACGCGUCUGAGGCUCUGUCACAGUGCAUGAACGUGGCACUCAAACCAGGCCAUGAUAAGCUGAUGGCAGUCAAGCAGCAGCAGCAUCUGUUUUCUGAGCUCAGAGACACUUUUGCCCGACGUCUCACCAACCACCUCAACAACGUUUUUGUGCACCAGUUCAACCACUUCAGUCACUUCAAAAUGACCAUCCCUCAGUUCUAUAGGUCGUCCUGUCUGUCACUCCCUGGACACGAUCAGAGCUCCACACUGUCCCAGCACACAGCUGAGCUGACACUACCCAAACACAGCCCUCUGCACAGAGACCUGCUCAGAUACGCCAAACUCAUGGAGUGGCUGAAAAACACCCAGAGAGAGAAAUAUGAGGGUCUUUCCAGGACCUAUGUGGAUUACAUGACCCGAUUGUAUGAGCGGGAAAUUAAGGACUUCUUUGAAGUGGCAAAGAUCAAAAUGGCAGGCACUAGUAAGGAUGGGAAAGGAAAAUUUGGUCUGCAUGGGAGCUCUGGGAAGCUUACAGGCUCCACGUCAAGUCUGAAUAAACUCGCUGUGAGCAGCUCCAACAGUAGGCGCUCUCAGUCAUCUUCUCUGCUUGAUAUGGGCAACAUGUCUGCCUCUGACCUGGACGUAGCAGACAGGACCAGGUUUGAUAAGAUUUUUGAGCAGGUUUUGAGUGAGCUAGAGCCGUUGUGUCUGGCUGAACAGGACUUUAUCAGCAAAUUCUUCAAGCUGCAGCAAAAUCCUACACUAGCUCAGGGAGAGAAUGUGGAUGACAGCGAUGGAAUGGUUCACUCCAGACCCCCCAGUGAACACAGACAUUCAAUAUCUGAAAAGGACAUGGUUCGGAUGAUGAUGAAUAAGAUCUUUCAGAGCAUUGAGACAGAGCUGAACAGUCUGAUAGCUUUAGUUGAUAAGAUAGACAGCUUCAACUCUCUCUACAUGCUGGUAAAGAUGAGUCACCACGUCUGGACGGCCCAAAAUGUUGAUCCUGCAUCCUAUCUCAGCACAACGCUGGGCAAUGUGCUAGUCACUGUCAAGAGAAACUUUGAUAAAUGCAUUUCUGGACAGAUUCGUCAGAUGGAGGAGGUGAAGAUUUCGAAGAAGAGUAAAGUGGGCAUCCUGCCGUUUGUCACCGGCUUUGAGGAGUUUGCUAAGCUAGCUGAGGCUAUUUUCCGAAAUGCAGAAAGACGGGGUGAUCUGGAUAAGGCCUACAUCAAACUCAUCAGAGCUGUCUUCGGUAACGUGGAGAAAGUGGCCAGCGAGAGCCAGAAGACUCCACGUGAUGUGGUGAUGAUGGAGAACUUCCACCAUAUCUUCUCAACACUGUCCAGCCUCAAGAUCUCCUGUCUGGAGGCAGAGAGAAAGGAAGCCAAGCAGAAAUACACAGAUCACCUGCAGUCCUACGUCAUCAACUCACUGGGCCAACCGCUAGAGAAACUUAAUCAUUUCUUUGAGGGAGUGGAAGCACGUGUAGCUCAGGGUGUCCGUGAAGAGGAAGUGAGCUACCAACUUGCCUUCAAUAAACAGGAACUGCGUAAGGUUAUUAAAGAAUACCCUGGGAAGGAGGUGAAAAAGGGCCUGGACAACCUCUACAAGAAGGUGGAUAAACACCUAUGUGAAGAGGAGAAUCUGUUACAGGUCGUGUGGCACUCCAUGCAAGACGAGUUCAUUCGGCAAUACAAGCACUUUGAGGGCCUGAUAAACCGCUGCUACCCGGGGUCAGGAAUCACCAUGGAGUUCACCAUUCAAGACAUGUUGGAGUACUUCUCCAGUAUCGCUCAGUCACACUAAAACAGGAAGCUGAACAAUUGUGAAAUUGAAUGUAAAGAAAAGUGCUGUGUGUGAAAGAGAAAGAGAAUGAGUGCUUACAUUGUAUAUAUGUAUAUUACAGUGCAGCUGUGUCAUAACAAACACUGAAACCCUGCUUGUAACAUGCAAAUUGCAUUUCUGAUGUUACUGAUUUCAUUGUUUUUGUUUUUUUUGAAAACCAAAAUUGCUUUAUAACACAUUAGUAUAGUGAAUCGCAAAUGACUGAACUUUCUCAUUACUUCUACAAAACCUCAACACUAAAAAUCUGUGGCUGAUUUUUCAUGCACAUGAAUGCUGAGUAUCAACACGUAAAAAAAAAGGCCUGGAGUCAUAUGUAAGGAAAUAAAGCAUACUUUCAUUUUAAGUUCA